GUGACAUCCGGUUGUGUUACGGAGAAAGGCCAACGUCGUCGUCGUCGAGCCGGAGAAAGCACGUACGUCUGUUGUUUCGUCGUCGCUGUCGGCGGACAACACCGGAUAUUUAUUUGCGAAAAAAUACUGAGAGCCAGUGGCGACAUCAAUGUGGUACGAUUUGCAUAUCCUUUGAGGAGCAAUUGGAAAUCGGAAGGACGAGAGGGAGAAGCAGGACACUGGUGAUUCUUUGCCGUUGAGCUGCUGAGCCGCUGAAGCGGAAGGAAGGCCGCCACAUUGGAAGGAAAACGGCUUUUCACGGCAGUUAAUAAAUUUUUAACUGGUUCCACAAUAGCCCGCGAGUUCCGCCAGUUAAUGACGAGAAACGCGGCAGUGAGCGGCGAUGAGCCCGACGAGGAGCAGACAUCGACUGGCGGUGUCUCUAAUCCCCAGGAGUCUGUCCAGCCGCCGGAGGAUAUGGUGGCGGCUGGCGAGGAUCAGGAGCAGCUAUCCACCGCAGCCAGUGACCAGCAGAAGCUGGAGAGGAUUCAUCCGUCGACACAGCAGCCGAGACGCCAGCGGCAGCGGAAGAAAGAGAAGCAAGUGAAUCCCCCGGAUCCGGAUCUGGACACCGACUCUAGCUCUUGCGAUGGCGGCGGCUUGAAGGUGAAGCGCAGUACGCGAUGGAGGAGCCUCAAGGAGGAGCAGGACUACGACUACGAAGAGGAGGACGAAGAGGAGGAGGAUGGGGAGGACGACGAUGAAGAGGGUGAGGAGUCCUAUGACGACUACGAACAAUCCUCAAAGCUGGGACAUCGUCCUCCAGCCCGAACUGCCUUGAAUGUCCGGAGCAGGCGUAAGACGAAAAACCGCCAGAUAUCCUAUUCCUCGGACCUGGACUUGGGCGGCGGCAACCUCGACCUGGACAUCGACAUCGGGGAGGGCGGCAGGCCGGAGGCCGACUCCGUCGACAAGCGCCGCUGCAUCUCCAAGGGGCAGAUGCGGGAGUUCCGGGAGGCCUUUCGCCUCUUCGACAAGGACGGCGACGGCUGCAUCACCAAGGAGGAGCUGGGCACCGUGAUGCGAUCCCUGGGCCAGUUUGCUCGCGUCGAGGAGCUGCAGGAGAUGCUCCAGGAGAUCGAUGUGGACGGGGAUGGCAAUGUCAGUUUCGAGGAGUUUGUGGACAUCCUGUCGAACAUGACGUACGAGGACAAGUCGGGCCUGUCGUCGGCGGAUCAGGAGGAGCGGGAGCUGCGGGACGCCUUCCGGGUUUUCGAUAAACACAAUCGGGGUUAUAUUACGGCCUCCGAUUUGCGAGCAGUGUUGCAGUGCCUGGGCGAGGACCUGGACGAGGAGGAUAUUGAGGACAUGAUCAAGGAGGUGGAUGUGGACGGGGAUGGCAGGAUCGAUUUCUAUGAGUUUGUCCAUGCAUUGGGAGAGCCGGAGGACUCGCAGGAGAACGAUGACGAGGAGGAGAACACCACUUCCCCGCUGCCCACACCAAAAUCGGCAAUAUCCCUUAGCUAUGAUUGAACUUUCCAAUCGAAAUAUAUCGAUAAUUCAUCGAUACUGGAUCAGAGUCAGAUCAGAGUAGAUCGAUCAGAUGGCUCGGUAAGGUAUUGAAUGUUAUUUGUCGACUCGAAAAAAGUUAAACAACAACUUGAAGAAAUAAACGAAUAUAUUUUUUUUCGAUUAAUAAUUAAUAGUCGAUCAUAUCGAUUGACCAGCAUUAGCCAAAACUAAUUGAAUAGAAUUCAUAACAUUAAUUGCAUUGCAUUGCCAGAACGCACACAGCUAAUCAAAUUGAAGCGAUAAUUAUGAAUAAAUAUAUUGAAUAGCCUAUUGAAUAAUCGAAUAUCACAAAUAAUCGAUAAAGUGUUUACUUUACAUCGAUCUAUAUCGAUAAUUGACUAAAUCCAAUUCGAAUUCUCUCUCUAACACUCUCUAUCACUCUCCUAUCACUCCACUUAAGUCCAAUUGAGAAUCAAAACUAUUUUUUAGCUUUUAAUCGAUAACGAUAACGAUAUCCUUCAGACUCUCACUAACAUAUCCAUGGGCCAUACCCAACCGAAUUACACAAAUAUGGAUAUAUUUCAAGACAUAUCAUUGAAGACGCCUCUGUAAAUGUGUUUUUGUGACCCGUAGGCCCUCCCUACACCCUUUAUACCUUAAUCCUUUGGAUCCUUUUUAGCUCUUCCUUACUAACCUCGUUGUAAUUUAUCCUUUGUCUCUUCUUCCAAUCUUUUCGACUAGCGUUUAUGUAAUAAGAAUCCAUUGAUUUAAUUAGGAUAUAAUUGCUCAAUUAUUGCUCCGGCCGCAGAGCUCAUAAAAAAAAUACAAAAAAAAAAUCAAUUCAAAAAAAAAUUACAAAUCGCAAAACAAAUAUGACAAUUCUUUAAUUAUAUUGAAUAAACAAUUUAUUGUAAUUUACAAAUAACAACUUUUAAUCGAAAAUUCCAAUCGAAAUCCUUACAAAUAAAUCAAACAAAAAAAAACAAAAAACAAACAAAAAAAAACAUACACAAAUCCUAAUAAAAAUAAAUGCGAAAAAAAAAAUAUUAAAAA